UGGGUAUUGUGAUUUUUCUGUCUGUGUGACUUAAGAAAAUAUAAAAUACAUCUAUAAUUAUGGGUUUUUUAACAGUAUUAAAGAAAAUGAAGCAAAAGGAAAAGGAAAUUCGAAUAUUAAUGCUUGGUCUUGAUAAUGCAGGAAAAACAACAAUUCUUAAAAGAUUUAAUGGAGAACCUAUUGACACAAUUUCUCCCACAUUAGGGUUUAAUAUUAAAACCCUUGAGCACAAAGGCUUUAAACUGAAUAUGUGGGAUGUAGGAGGCCAAAAAUCUCUAAGAUCUUAUUGGAGAAAUUAUUUUGAAUGCACAGAUGGUCUGAUUUGGGUUGUUGAUAGUGCCGAUAAAAGAAGGUUAGAAGACUGCAAGAAGGAGUUGUAUGUUUUGCUGCAGGAAGAAAGGCUAGCAGGUGCAACACUGCUUAUUUUUGCAAACAAACAAGAUCUUCCUGGAGCAUGUACUGUAGAAGAAUUAAAGGAUAUUCUUGAUUUGGAAAGCAUUAAAACACAUCACUGGAAAAUUGUAUCCUGUAGUGCAGUAACUGGAGAAAAUUUAUUGAAAGGAAUUGACUGGAUUGUUGAAGACAUUGCUGCUAGAAUUUUUACAUUAGAUUAAAAAAGCUAUUCUUUUAAUUUUU